AGGCCACUGUUAGACACACAACUGAGUUACUACAGCAGAGUCUCUUGAUAUCUUCACUCUCAUUACUCUGCACAACAUACUGACUCAGAAUGAUGAAGUUCAGCACAUCUGCCUUCAUGCUUCUGAUCUGCACAGCUGCACUGCUGUCCACAACAGAGGGAGCUAAACAAAUCCAGCUACGCUGUGAGUGUAUUAAAACACAUUCAGACCCAAUCCCAUUCAAACUAAUACAGUCACUGAGGGUGAAUGAAGCUGGACCACACUGCAAAAAUGAGGAGAUCAUUGCCACAAUGAAGAAAGGAACGACAUGUCUUAAUCCUGCAAAAGACUGGGUGAUUUCUCUCAGGGAAAAAUUCAACAAGAAGAAUGUCAAGAGUCAACAGUGAAUGAAUAUCACUGUUCAAAGAGCAACUGAAGAAACUGGUUCAACUAUAAUGUAAUAUAGGAUUUUUUUUUUAUUUUAUUUUGUCAUCUCUCUGUGAAAAAUGAAGUAUUGAAUGUGAAAAUAUCAUAUUUUUGUACUAUGAGUUUUGAAAAUGUACAUCUUAUUUGUGAAAAUAGCACCAAAGCAAUUCUGACCAUGUGUGUAUAUAAUAUCAACAGCUAAACUGUU